GUUCUAAAACGAUCGAUCGAACCAGGGUUAACAAAACCCCAAGUCUGAAACAAGAAUUGAAGUGAGAAUGGCUGCGGAGGAAGAAAUCGCGGUGAAGGAGCCUCUGGAUCUCAUUCGGCUCAGCCUCGACGAGCGUAUCUACGUCAAGCUUCGUUCUGACAGAGAGCUUCGCGGCAAGCUUCAUGCUUAUGAUCAGCAUCUCAAUAUGAUUCUUGGUGAUGUUGAAGAAAUUGUUACUACUGUGGAAAUUGAUGAUGAGACAUAUGAAGAAAUUGUGAGGACUACAAAGAGAACAGUUCCUUUCCUGUUUGUUAGAGGAGAUGGGGUGAUAUUGGUUUCUCCACCAUUGAGGACUGCAUGACAUGGACUGAUGAAUCUUGUGAUCAUUUUAAUGACAAUCAUCGUAAAAGGAAUUGUAUAACUUCUUAAGUAAAGUACUGAUCUCAUUGCAUAUGAUUAGAUUAGCUUCUCAUUUGGUAUGUUUGCUAGUGAUUUCUGUUAAACAGACAGUUUUACGUUCUGUUUUUAGCAUGAGAAUCAGGGCAUGCUCAUGAACAAGGCUUUUGGCUGCAGCAUGGAGCUGUCGUUAUAUAUAGGCUCCAUGCCUUGAAUUGA